AUGACGCUCACGGAUUUGGUGUUGGCCAUUUUGUAUGUGGGCCACCAUUCUGCGAACCCAGCAUUAUGGACAAAGGCUGUGAGUGGAGGGGCUAUUCUUCUGUUGUCUGCAAUAGUCGCUUCUUUGCUCUUGAUGCUGGCGCGAGCAGUCUUUGCACCCCGCAAAUUGGUUUCCUUGAACGACGAUAGACAAACGGUACUUGGAAAACCACUUCUGUUUCCAGUAAGAUUCAGACAUAUACGCCUUUCUCCUGUGAAGGAUAGAUUUAAUAACCGAUUUCUACUCGUGGGCGUCCCCGUUGGACUUCGUUGCCGCAUUGGCAACCUCUUGGCCAUUGAUGACAAGUCUCUCGAUGUUUCUCCUCCUCCAGGAAGUACUAUUGGUUUCUCCUGGAAUCGCAUGUUCUCACAUUUGCGUUGCUGGUUCAGUUUUGACUCGGCACGAUUCCUACAUAGAGGCGACCACGGAGUAGAUCUCCGGGAGAAACUGGACAGCUUUCUGCUAUCUCAGAAUGAAGACCCUACUCAGUGGCCCUAUGCAUAUCUACUUGGCGUACCGCAAUUUAUGGGAUGGUCUAGGAGUGUUGUGAGUUGGUGGUAUCUCUACACCAAAGACCGAGAACUGGAUGCCUUGAUCCUCGAGAUCAACAACUCCUACUGGGAGAAGAGGAACAUUCUGCUUAGAGUGAAGCCAACCUCGAACAAACUUAACAUGCCAGAAUCUACAGGAUUACCAGAAUAUGUGGACCAUCGACAGUUGGUGCAGUCUUUGCCUACGGCAACCAAGGCCAAAUUUUACGGCGGCGAUUGGCACAAGUACAUUUUUGCAUCGCCUUUCGAGAAGGUUGAUGGAGUGGUUUCGCAGAGGAUGAUGGACCCCCUCAGACCGUCCUCCUGGGCACCUGAUGCAACUUUCUCCAAUAUGACAACAUUAGAGGAGACCGGAGAAGUCAGGAUGGCCACUCGCUUGACGUGUGAUGGUUUCCCGAUUGAUCCUACACAAAUGUCUUACUUGGAUGUCGUCAGGGUUGCGCUUCAGUGGACGUUGCCAGGAGUAUUGACCACACCGGAAAUCAUUUACAAAGCAGAACUUGAAUCCUACUUUCGAGCAUAUCUUGCCCACUCUGUCGACACAUACCCGGAACCUGUCGAGGUCACGUACCUCCCCUGCAGGUCAUUCACUAAUGAAACUAUCCGCAUGCGAUCGCCCUCGUGCUAUGUAAAUGAGGCUACCAAUGCGCGAUACCUCACAGUUGAGCCUACCGACCCUGCAUUCUAUACUCGAAUCAUCACGUAUGUCCAUGCGAAAACAGCAUUGGCCCAGGAGAUCCAGCCCACUGGGCACAUCGCUGAUCCGACGGCUCAAAGACUCAUUGUCUCCGACAUAACUCUCCUCGAGUCUAUUCUCGAAUACAAAUCACCUUUUGUCCACAAAUCUGACCCUAACGUACCUUCAAAGUGGAAACUUCGAAAAGUGCUUUCCUUGACUCGGGAUAACUCAACCCUAUCCUUCAUGGAUAACUUUGUCCUAUCGUCUUCGAAUGCGGUACCUUAUACGGUUUACAUUCUCUCGAGUCUCCGAUUAUCAGCUGCGCGGAGACUAGCCUUCAACUCUCAAAACAUCCUUGGGGUUUAUGUAUUCGUUGCCUCGUGCUUGAUCCGAUGGCUGGCUUUGGAAGCUCUGUCAGUGGGACGCGAGACUGUUCUUCCGGUCCUCAGCCUGGGGUUACCCCCCGGAUGGCAAAACCUAGCUAUUGCUGUUGUCGAGUGUUUCCUUGCAUUGAAUUGCUUGACUCUGAUAGAAAACUGGCUUGUACAACAACUUCUCUCGUGA